AGAUCCUUAAAUUGCAGACAUGAUUAUUUUCUCAUCAGAGAUAAGAUAACAUCUUUUAAAAGGGUUACGUACCAUGAGUUUGCCAUUUCGGUAGAAAUAACGUGUUGGCACUCGUACCACGGCUAAUCGAAAUCCAAGAAGGAAGUGAUAACCUCUGUACUGUUUCACCGUGACCAAUGUAUCAUUAAUAUUAAGGAAGCGUACAAAUACUAUUUCAAGAUGGUAAGAAAGAACGGAUUGUGGAAAUUGACGCAGCUUCGGGCGCUUAUGAAAAAUGUCCAAGCUGAAGGUAUGAAGGAGAAAGGCAUUCAUGCUUUGAUUGUCAACGGAGAGGAUGCACAUCAGUCGGAAUAUUCGACCGAGCGAGACCAGAGACGACGUUUCGUCAGCGGUUUUAAUGGCUCUUACGGCACGGUAAUUGUCACACCGGAUGCAGCAUUACUGUGGACAGAUGGAAGAUAUUUUACGCAAGCCUCGUCAGAAUUAGACCCACCGGAGGCAUGGACUCUUAUGAGAGAAGGUUUAUUAGACACGCCUACCACUGCUAUGUGGUUGGCUUCGAAUCUACCUCCAAAAUCUAUAGUUGGAGCUGAUGCUAAUCUAAUAAGUUACACCGAAUGGGCACGACUGCAUAGUGGCUUAACAGCGGCUGGCCAUUGCUUAAUCGCACUUCCAGAGAACUUGGUGAACAAAGUAUGGGCUGAUGAACAGCCAGUGCCCACAGCUAAUAUAAUUUUACCUCAGCCAAUAGAAUAUUCGGGUGAGAAAGCCGGAGUCAAAGUGAACUUGUGUCGUGUAGCGAUGCUAGAGAAUAAUGCAGCGGUACUUGUGAUAACAGCUUUGGACGCAAUUGCGUACUUGCUAAAUUGGAGAGGCUCCGACAUUCCUUUCAAUCCUGUCUUUUUUGCAUAUGUUGCUCUCACUGCUAAAGACGUAUAUAUUUUUAUAGAUAGAAGUAGACUUAGUCAGCAGGCAAUAGAGCAACUGAAGGACGAAGGUGUCGAGCCGAUUUUCCGCACUUAUGAAGAUAUACAUACUUUUAUAAGGGAAGUCGCGAGUUCGUGCUCGGAUCGGGACAAGAUUUGGAUCAGCAAUAAUUCUAGUUACGCAUUGCACGCGGACUGUGGCGAAGUGAAGAAGCAUACAGAUAUCACGCCUAUCAGCAUUAUGAAAUCGAUCAAGAAUUCUACUGAAAUAAAGGGUAUGAAAGCGGCGCACGUGAGGGACUCGGUCGCUCUUGUGAAAUAUUUUGCUUGGCUGGAGGACAAGAUAAAAAAUACCAACGAAUGCAUUACGGAAAUCUCGGGUGCCACACAACUGGAGAAAUUCCGACAGCAGCAAGAUCUUUUUGUUGGGUUAAGUUUUACCACUAUAUCGUCUGUCGGUCCUCAUGGAGCAAUUAUUCAUUACGCACCUACGCAAGCGACUGAUGUGCCUAUUACAGAUAAAGAACUUUAUCUUUGCGAUUCUGGCGCACAAUAUAAGGACGGCACGACAGACGUAACGAGGACUUUACAUUUUGGUGAACCCACGAGCUACGAGCGUGAAUGUUUCACCAGAGUAUUUAAGGGUCAGUGCCGUCUCUCGACAAUGACCUUCCCUUUAAAAACCAAAGGAAAUUACCUCGAUACAUUAGCGCGCGAGAGCUUGUGGAGCGUUGGCCUUAAUUAUCUUCAUGGUACCGGUCACGGGGUGGGAUCGUAUCUCAACGUCCAUGAGGAGCCAAUUGGCAUCUCGUGGAAACCGUAUCCGGACGAUCCAGGCUUAGAGUCCGGAAUGUUUCUGUCGAACGAGCCGGGCUAUUACGAAGAUGGCAAAUUUGGCAUUAGACUGGAAAACAUCGAGUUGGUCGUGCCUGCGAAGACCCCUUACAACUACAAAGACCGAGGUUUCCUGACUUUCGAAACCGUGACGCUCGUACCUAUUCAGACGAGUCUGCUCGACGUAUCGCUGCUCACAGAUAAGGAGAUCAAGUAUUUAAAUAAUUAUCAUGCGAAAUGUCUGGAAGUUUUGAAACCUUUCCUCCAAGGAGCGGAAAAUGUUCAAGCACUUCAAUGGCUCGAGAGACAGACACUUCCCAUUCUCGUUUAAUCACUCUACACCAAUUUAAUAUGCUGAAUGCCGCGGCGAAAUCACGGAACGAUUUAAGAUUCCAAAGCGUUCUACCGUUCUAGAUGUGAAAUGUAUCGUUUAGAUUCAGUCUGUAAAAACACUUUGCAAAUUCACAACGUUACAACUAUUUGUACGGCUCAUCGCUGAUGGGUCGUCGAAUAUUUUUAGAGCCUCGAUACAUUUCUCGAAUGUACUCUAGAAAUUUUCUAUUUGAUAAUCAAUCGGCGCACGUAAAGGGACAAAUAACAAAUGACGUAUAUUAUUAUGUAGACACGUAUGUGUGCGUGUGCGUUUGUGUGUGUGUGUGCGCGUGUGCGUGAGAGAGAGAGAGAGAGAGAGAGAGAGAGAGAGAGAGAGAACGAAGAAACAAGUAUUCCACCCUGUACUGAUCACAUAGCACUCAAUGUGUUUCGUGAAUGUUACACAGAUUAUGCAAUUGUUACAUAAAAAAUAAGAUUAUUACUACCUUGAUAAUAUAAGAGUAUACGUUACUUUAAUAAAAACACUUUUGCAACUGAAAGUUCGGAACGGUGUCGCAGGAUUCUGCUUAUGUUACGCAAGUUUAUACUACGAUUGUUUAUUAAAGCUAUAAAAUUUUCAUUCA